GCAGAGUGAUGACCUAGGAGAGCAGCUGGAGAGGGCGGCCGGAUCCCGGUGCACCAUGAGCCUCGGGCCCGGCCCCGUUUCGGGCCGAUGUGCACCACAUAUUCCGCCCGCCUCUCUCCUCCCGGCCUCGGCUGCGAAGGCGGCAACGGCUGGCCAAGAGGCCCGAUUAAGGCGCCGGGCUUCUCUACGAACACUCGCCGCGGAAGCGGGUUCACCAACCUCGGGGCUCUGGAGCUCCUAAGUGAGAGUGGAGUCAGGCCCCUGGCCGCCACCGCCACCUCGGCCGCUGCCGCCGCCAUCGCCUUCAUCCUUCGUCCCCCACCAUGGCCGAGGAGCUCUCCGCGGCCACGUCCUACACCGAAGAUGAUUUCUACUGCCCCGUCUGUCAGGAGGUGCUCAAAACGCCCGUGCGGACUGCGGCCUGUCAGCACGUUUUCUGUAGAAAGUGUUUCCUGACUGCAAUGAGAGAAAGUGGAAUACAUUGUCCCCUCUGUCGUGGAAGUGUGACUAGAAGAGAGAGAGCAUGUCCUGAACGGGCCUUAGACCUUGAAAAUAUCAUGAGGAAAUUUUCUGGUAGCUGCAGAUGCUGUGCAAAACAGAUAAAAUUCUAUCGCAUGAGACAUCAUUACAAAUCUUGUAAGAAGUAUCAAGAUGAAUAUGGUGUUUCUUCUAUCAUUCCAAACUUUCAGAUCUCUCAAGAUUCAGUAGGGAACAGGAGUGAAACAUCUGCAUCUGAUAACACAGAAACUUACCAAGAGAAUACAAGUUCUUCUGGGCAUCCUACCUUUAAGUGUCCCUUGUGUCAAGAAUCAAAUUUUACCAGACAGCGUUUACUGGAUCAUUGUAACAGUAAUCACCUAUUUCAGAUAGUUCCUGUGACGUGUCCUAUUUGUGUGUCUCUUCCUUGGGGAGAUCCUAGCCAGGUUACUAGAAAUUUUGUUAGUCAUCUAAAUCAAAGACAUCAGUUUGAUUAUGGAGAAUUUGUGAAUCUUCAGCUAGAUGAGGAAACCCAGUAUCAAACUGCUGUUGAAGAAUCUUUUCAAGUAAACAUCUGAAGGCUGCAGACACCUCUGCAUCUUUGUACCUGCAAGUGCCAUCUUUAAGGAGAAAACUACAUGAAGUCACCAUUUCAAUAACUUGAUGUGUAUAUUAAUAAAAGUAAUUCAGUCUAUUGUUUUAGUUUAAUUGAAAAAUAAAGGUGGGCCAUGUAAAAACUUAAUUCUUUUGAUAAGUUAAAAGAUAAAACUUAGGACAUUAUCUUUAUAAACAUUAAAAGGAUUAUAUUUCAUUAAUAGUGAAAAGAGAAUCCCUAUUGUACUUAUCUUUUUUGCAUUACAUAUUCUUGAAUUUUUCCUUGCUUUUGAAAUUUGGUGCAGUUCCUCCCAUUGACAUUAUUGUACACAGGUAACACAGUACCAAAUUCUGAAUGAUGUGAUUAAUAUAAACCUAACAAAACUGAGCCAGUUAUUUGAGUUGCAAAUGGAGACUUGAAGUGCUAAAUGAAACAAUCCAAAGGAAACUUUUUUAAAUGCAGAUUCUAGCUAAAGAAUUCAACUAUAAGAAAAUUGUAUUUAUAUAAUGUUUAGUAUUUUUGAAGACUAGUGAGAUUUCUUUAAUAAUUUUAACUCUUUAAAAAGCAAAAGCUCAUUGUAUAGAUAUUUCCUUUUUGCUGCUAGAAGGAAGUAUCAAGAGAAAAAUUGAUUUCUUUGGUGGACAGUUGGUAAUGUCAAAUCUUGUUUGUUUGGCUGACUAAUUUGUAAGCCUCAAGUACAGUAAGCUGAAUUACAGCUCUUUGGCCUCAGAAUUUUCAAUAACAGAAUUGCUGGUUUAGCUAUGAUGAACCUUUUAUUAGAAACUUGCAGUUGGUGAUAUUACAUUCUCUCUAUAUAUUUAAAUGAGAGGUUUGACUUCGUCUCAAUUUAGAAAUUUGUUCAAAGCUCAAGAUGUGUAUGUAUAUAUACAUGCACUUUUGUAUGUGUAUAUACACAUGUAAGCAUGCAAUUUGUCUGGUUAUAUGCAGAAUUUCUAUUAAGAUUUUUAAAAGGGACAAGUAAUAUGGGGUUGAUGUGUUUAUCUGAGUUGAUUAAAAUUUUGUAUGUUACCAAAAUUUUUAAAGUAACAGUCAAAUGCUAAGUUGUCUACUUGGCUACUCUGACACCUUAAAAAUUGAGUUUACACACCUACACAAUUAUAUGUUUAUAUGGUGCUCAUUUGUUAUCUUAAAGAUAAUGCGGGACUAUAGUAGUGAGAUGGAUCCUACCAGCCACUCUGUUUCACUACAUUUUAGUCAAAAUUGAGUUCAUUCUUAGUAUUCAUUAAUGAACGUCAUAAAAUAACUUGUACUAGAUGGCCCAAAUCACAGAAAAAAGCUGAAGAGUGGAUUAGCUGACAUUCCAUACUAAUAUAAUUGUUUAUGCUUUCUUUAAAUUAAAUAACUAAAAGAACAUAAAAUCUCAGAAGUAGUUUGCUGCUAAUAUAUACAUAUGUUGUAUAAAAAGGUAUAUUUUGGUUUUGUUAAAACCCUUGUUGACUUUUCUACAGUGAAUGUUUUUUUAACUUGAUUUAAUAAAAAUGUUAAUUUUGAAA